UAACAUAGCCAGCGCAACAAGAGAUUCAUCCCAAAAAGAUAAUGUAUUAUCCUGUGCAAUCGCAACUCCGACGACCGAUAGAGAACCCUUGAGGAGGGUGCGGUGCUCGGUGAGACGAGAUCACAGGCGCUCGAAGGCGCGCCACAGGACCUACAGUGCGAACGGAUAUAAUCCGCGAAUUCCUCCCCGCCACCGUCAACACGACAUCCCAGAAGUGCCCACCAUGAGCAUCGCUGCCGAGACAACUCUCCAGUCUAUCCUAUCCCGCCUGGUCCCACCUGUUCCGGGUACAGAUCAAUUCGAAGACGUUCAAGUAGGCGUGAAUGAUGAUAACGGAAGCGUCGCACUUUAUCCCAUACAAGAAGGCUCGUCGUUGGCGAGCCUGCUGCUAGCUUCAAACCGUCGGGCCGCCAUCAAGGCCCAUACACCAGCCAUUAGAGCUCUCCUAGCAGACGCAGACGCGAAUGCUGUGGCGCUCGCCGUCGACCAUGAAAUCGAGCUCCCUAUCGUUGAGUCGCUUGCAUCAGCAUCGCAGAUGGCAAGCUCGCGGCCUGCCGCCGUCGUGCGGAGAGAACGCGCGUUGGUCGUCUGGGCGGACGACGUAGACAACAUCCCACAAUUCUUCCUCGACCUCGAGCAUCAACUUCGGCACUCCGCGAGGCUGUGCAACUGCGCGCAGCUGCCGACAGUGUCUCCACGCGGUUCCCUUAACCACUCUAACUUGCAUAUGUCUCUGGAUGACGAGUUCCUGUUCGGGAGUGACGAGGACUUCCCCAGUGGCGCGGCUGAGUACGUGUACGAUGGGGAGCGGUUGGUGAUUCCACAACUAGAACUGUCAUUCAAUCCCUUGAGCAUGGCCUCGGGUGAGGUCGAUGAAGAUCCCAUGGACAGCGGUGUGGCGCAGCCGCGAGUACAGGUAUGCUACUAUACUACCUGCAGCCGAACAAGACAAUGAUGAGAAGCGCAGAUCGACAACAUAUCCGAAG